ACGUUACAUCAUCGGAUUUUGUGUAACUUUAUUUUUCGUUAAUUCAACAAACGAUGCUGUCUUUGUUAUCACAACAAAACAAGAGCAGCAGCAGCCAGCUCACGAAGUCGAUCAGUCAAGUGGUCACUGAGGAAGAAAUAACUGAUGAGGAACUCUACAAGCAAGUCAACGUCCUCAAGCGGCAGCACAAAGUAUUAGCCCUCGAGAAUAGAGUUUUGGAGAACACUAUAAUGAGAUUGGAUCCAUCUCUGAUGAACAGCAUCCAGCAGGCUUUGGAGUAUGCACUGAGACUUCAACAGAGUAGCAACUCGUUCAACACAGGUGGCAGUUUCUUUAAGCCUCAAACGUCCAAAUACUGCUUGGAAUCGAUGAUCAGUCAGUCGAGGAUGUUCAGUCCAUCAAAAGUAUCCUCCAAGAGAGCGGACUCUUUGGCAAAAGUGAGUGGAACAAUUUUUGGCACCGGGCCCAGAAUAAACGUCCUAGAACGAUCCGAAUUGGUGUCGACAGAAAUGGAAAUUGUUGUGAAGAACUUGGAGAAAUAUCGAAGGAACGCAGAGAAACAACACGCCCUCCUUAAAGCACAGUUGGAAGAAAUUGGAUUACGCGAAAAGUAUAUUAAGAAAGCCACCGAUAUGUUUCACCAAACUGUAGUCGUGGAUGGCUGGGAUAAAAUCGCUCAAAGAAUUCCAGCAGAAAUAUGGAUCAGAUUCAUAAACGAGUGGAAUAAAAUAGUCGACACCCAUAUUGGGAAGUUGAGACUUCGAACCAGUACAUUAAACACUCAACACAACAAGUUGAAGGGACAGAUCAAAACUAAGAAGGAGCUAAGCGAGAGCUUGAGACCGGUAGACUUCGAGAAACUCGAAAUUGAAAACAAGGAAUGUUUGAAAACUAUAGAUCAGAAAGUACAGCAGCUAGAGGAGUUAAAAAAGUUAACUGGAGACGCGAAUUUGAAUCUAACAGUACACAAAAAGGCGAUGAUGGAACAGGAUGAAUAUCUGAAGAAGGUAUUAAGCUCCAUAGAAGAUAAGAAGAAACAGACCACUGCAUUAGAGAAAGAGAAUGCUGUUAUACAAGCGCUAGUUAAUAAUUUGCAGGUACAACUUGAGGAACUUAAAAAGGUGAGGCUAAAGUAUGAGGUUCCGAACACUAUUGACUAUGUUAAAGUAAAAUCGGAUAUAACGGAUUUGAAACAAAGUAUCAAAAUCUUGGAGAACAGAGCACAUGUACAGGAUAUAACGUUGGCUUCGCUAAACCGAAAACUGAAAUCUAUACAAAUAUGCCCAGAGGAAUGAUAAGUCAGAUGACGAAAAUGAGUAAUUAAAAUGCAUUCACUUA